AUGCUCGCACACGGCCGACGCUACGGUAUCAUUAGCCGCAACGGUGUCGACAAGUUGACCCAACUUCGGCAUAUUGCCGUGCGUGACGUCCCGAUUCCGGAGCAUAUCACGAUCUUGUUCGUGGAGCAGGAGAUCAUCGGAGAUGACACUAUCGCUAUGGACUCAGUCCUGAAAGCCGACGGCUGGUGCGACCAACUCCUCUGCAAAAAAGCCUCCCUCAACGCGUGCCUCGCCGCGCUUGCCUCUUGCCUCUUGCUUGGGACGCGUCGUCUGGUCCAGGUCCAGCGCGCGGGUUUGGGAUCCAGCGAGGUGGACCAGCAGAGACCGACAAAGAGUUUCUCUGGUGGUUGGAGGAUGCGGUCGGCGCUUGUGCGUGUGCUGUUCGACAAGCCUGUGCUGUUGUUGCUCGAUGAGCCUUUUGACUUGGGUGCGCUUGCAUGGCUCAAAGACCAUUUGCAGACCUGGGAGGGAACGCUGCUCGUCGUCUCCCACGACCGUUCCUCGAACAGCACUCCGGCCGCCCGGACUACUACAAUGGGUCUGUUACUCUCACACCCAUAA